UUUUCCUCUUUGAUAUAUAUUUUUUCUUAACUCUGGUUAUGUCUGUUGUACUUUCCUACAUGCUCCUUUAUUCAUAUAUUUCCACUCCCACACCCAAUUACACUUAGUUAUACACACACACACACACACACACACACCCAAAUCAUACUGGCUGUUAUGUAUGUUUUGUUGGUCUUUGUAUUUUUAUUUUGCAUUUAAUUUCUUUUCUGUAAUUAUUGUAAUUGUCUGUUCGCAUAAUAAAAAAUAAAUAAAUAAAUAAAAUAAAAAAAACUUAUAUAGCUUUAAAACACAUGGAAAUAAUAAACUUUCAUGAUGAAGAAAAAAAAAAAAAUGAAAGCAAUUGUCAAAUCCUACCAAUCCUAUUGGCCAGCGACAGCCUAUGACGUCAUCAUAGCGCGACCCAGAAGUAUAUAAGGGGUGCCUAGAGAACCAGUCAGUGUCUUUUCGUCUUCAGGGACUGUUUUGUCUGUUUGGCGAUUGCUUCGAAUCCGGUAAGAAAGUAUUUAUUAUGUCUGACAAACGUUUCAGAAAGUGUGCUGAUCCCUGUCCCAGGUUUCUGACUUCCGGUGACACACACAAUCUGUGUAUUUUCUGUCUGGGGGAAGAGCACGCACGGACAGUGCUUGAGGGUGCUGUCUGUGCGAAUUGUGAGCGUCUACCAAUGAGAACACUCCACUCUCGUCUGGCCCUCUUCUCGAGGGGAGAGGAGCUGGCAUCGCUACCUGAUGGUUCUGGCCCCGCUCGUGCUGAGGCUCGAGAAGGCAUGGAAGAACCCAUAUUCGGCUCGUAUUCAUCUGCAUCAGCGGGCGAAUUUCACUGAUUUGGAGGGAUUGAGCUAACAUGGGUAUGUGUCGAUCCCCCCUAUUCACGUUCGUGAACUAUCUUGUCACUGGGCAGACCCCGACACUGAAAGCUCCGGUCCUGCCUUCUAAUCCCCUUAAAGUGACCUCUCGCUUGAAUGGCAGGGCAUACGCAGCAGCGGGUCAGGCUGGUGCGGCCUUACACACCAUGGUGGUGUUACAGGCCUACCAAGCUGACUUGCUGAAGGAUCUGGAUCAGGGACAGGGUCUGUCCCCUGAGGCGGUAGAAGAGCUGCAUCACACCACGGAUCUGGCUCUCCGGGCCACUAAGCAAACCGCUGCUUUGAUUGGAAGAUCGAUGGCAGCGAUGGUGGCCACGGAGAGACACCUGUGGUUGAACCUGGCUGACAUCGAGGAGAAAGAAAAGGGCUUUCUCCUCGAUGCACCGGUUUCGCCCUCUGAACUUUUUGGUACCUCCGUCGAGGCGGUGGUGGGAAAGUUCGGAGAGAGGCAAAGGCGCGCUCGACGGCGUUUAAGAAUUGCAUACCGCUCAGAUCCAAUCCUGGGCCCAGACAGACAGGAGGUCCUGGCCCGUCCCGAUUUAAGAAUCGGAGACAGGGCCAGAGGUCCAGUGUUGGCGGGACUCUAGGAAGAAGAAGCAGGAUCUGAGGGAGGUAAUCAACCACAGACGCCAGCAGCGUCAGUGAUUGGUUUCCUCUCUGCGUGGGUAGUUCACUUCUACCCUCUCCUCUCUUCUUCCACCUCCUGGUCAUGGAAUUUUAAAAUAUAACACGCUCAGGCUUUUUCACAGUCAGGCUGAGGACAGGGCCCAUGAUGAAUAUAAUUCUGAUGGCCCACCUUCUGACUUGAUAGUAAAAAGGCUCCUUUAGGCUUAAACGGACCCUAGACCCUUACACGAUAGGAAAAGGACCCUUCCAUCCCUCACACGAUAGGAGUCUUCGGUCUUCGAGCCGCAGGAAGAACAUAAGUAAAGAGUCUCUCUCACCAACAUGAGUUGGAGCUUUCUCACUCGACUACUGGAGGAAAUCCACAACCACUCCACGUUUGUGGGGAAAGUUUGGCUGACUGUCUUAAUCAUUUUCCGGAUCGUUCUGACUGCAGUGGGUGGUGAAUCAAUCUACUCAGAUGAGCAGACAAAGUUCACCUGCAACACUAAGCAGCCCGGCUGCGACAACGUAUGCUAUGAUUCCUUUGCCCCACUCUCACAUGUUCGGUUCUGGGUGUUCCAGAUAAUCAUGAUAUCCACCCCCUCGGUCAUGUAUCUGGGUUAUGCCAUUCAUAAGAUUGCCCGUACCUCAGAGGAGGAAUGGUGCAAGAGACAGAUUUAUCAAAAGAGAAACCGCCACAGUCAGUGGAGAAAUGGACACCACCUAGCAGAGGUCUGUGGAAAUGCAGAGGAGGAGGAGGAGGAUGCAGAGCCAAUGAUCUAUAAAGAAGACACUUUGGAUGUGCAGGAAGUCAAACCAGAGACAGACAAGGGCAAAGGCCAAGAUCCAGUGAAGCAUGAUGGUCGCCGUAGGAUAAUGCAAGAAGGCUUGAUGAGAAUGUAUGUGCUUCAGCUUAUAUCCCGUGCCAUCUUUGAGGUGGGAUUCCUCACGGGUCAGUAUCUUCUUUAUGGCUUCCGUGUUAACCCUUCAUAUGUCUGCAACAAGAUCCCAUGUCCGCACAGAGUAGACUGCUUUGUUUCACGACCCACUGAGAAGACCAUCUUUUUACUCAUCAUGUAUGUGGUGAGCUGUCUUUGUCUGCUGCUCAAUGUUUGUGAGAUGUUCCACUUGGGGAUUGGUGCCUUCCGUGACAUUCUUCGUAAACGUCGAAGCCAGGACCAACGACCUUCCUACGGCUACCCUUACUCCAGGAACAUUUCUAGUUCUCCACCAGGGUACAACCUUGUGGUUAAAUCUGACAAACCAGGUCACAUUCCCAACAGCAUAAUUUUACAUGACCAGAACAUGGUUAGAGUGCUUCCAGAACAGCAUUGCACAAGUCCUGAUGAGAAUAUUCCAUCUGACCUGGCUACCUUGCACCACCAUUUACGAGUAGCUCAGGAACAACUCGACAUGGCGUUUCAGACAUACAACACAAAAAACGCUCAUAUUUCCAGAACUAGCAGCCCUGUAUCUGGGGGCACAAUGACUGAGCAGAACCGUGUCAAUACAGCUCAGGAGAAACAGGGUGCACGACCUAAAGCAAGCACUGAGAGGGCAGGGACAAUAAUAAAAAAUGGAAAGACAUCUGUGUGGAUUUAAUGGCAAACUCUUACCUGACUAGUUGAACCAUUAUCCACAGAAAACAUUUUGCCCCUGCUAAUGCAAACUACAGUUAGUGAGGGGAUGACUGAGCAUCAUGUCCCCUGGUUCUGUUGAACAAUAAACAAAAAUAAAUAUACUGUAGAAGGGUAGUAUUCAUUUCCAUUCAUUUCUUUCUUUACAAUGUUGUAGUGUUCCCCCUUUCUGUGAGUAAUUCUUAAUGUGUUUUUAAUUAAUGCUACAUAUAUUAAGUGCUAAGUUUCUCUAAAUUCCAAUGCAUGCAAGUGUAUUAACCAUCUUUAAUGGAUCAUUGAUUUAAUGAUUUAACUAUAUAAAAACUAUGUAAGAACCCCUAUGUAUCUACUCCAUUCAAAUAGUCUCAUAGCUGUACUCACAGCUGUAAGACAUAGCUGUAAGCUGUAAUACUCAUAGCUGCGAGACACAUGUUCUUGUCUUUAUGUUAUCCUAUUGUUAUUGGUCUUCCAAACCCAAACGAGCUGCCCACCUAGCCCUAAGUUUUAAGGUAUUUGCAUGCUGGUGAAAGCUGUUCCAGUCAGUAAGCAACAAGACUAUGCUCCUUUAUAAAAUUCCUAAUUUAGCAACAGCAUCACAUGUGUACUUUGUGGAUAAAGCAAUCCCUGAAUGCAUUGUAAUGAAAGUGUGAUCAAAUAUGGUGGAUGCGAGUUGCAAGAAACUCAACUCUAAAUAUACUUGCUGUACAUAUUAUAAAAAAUGUAUUAAUUAAAAUGGUUAUCUUAUUAAAAAUGCACUUUCACACAACAA